CCCCACCCCGUCUCGGUGACAUCAGCUGGGCUGCACCGCUGCUCCGCUGGAGCCCACAUCACUGCCUCUGGAAAAGCUCGACGAAAUCUGCCUGAGCUCCAGUCGCGUACCGGGGGACCAAACGAAUUCUUUUCAGGUCAUGGCUUUCCGUUGAUAUCCAACAUCUCCACAUUUCAUGUACCACCCUGCCAACUGCAAUCAUGGCUGCCCAUCGAAUACGAGCCAGCACCAACAAUACAUCCCUCCCUCGCUGUAAAUCUGAGGGGACACUCAUUGACCUGAAUGAAGGAGUAUCGCAAUGCAGUGUGAAUAAUGUCAAAGUGCCAUCUCCUAGUACCCUACGUCUGGAUGCGACGGCUUCCUUAACCGCUGCUCGAGAAGUCAUUGCCAUCAAGGACUACUGCCCAUCCAGCUUUACCACCUUGAAGUUUUCCAAAGGUGACACGCUGUAUGUUCUGGACUCAUCAGGAGGCGAGUGGUGGUAUGCCCACAAUAACACAGAAAUGGGUUACAUCCCCGCUGCUUAUGUUGAACCCAUCAACUACAGAGACUCAUCCUUCAGUGACAGUGGUAUGAUUGACUCUUUGGGAGACUGUGUUGAAGAGACUGCCAAAGAAAUGGACAUUCUGGGAGAGUGGUCAGAUCUCAUUCUUAAGUCCACCACACAAAAAAGUGCUAAUCCUUUUACUGGAGUUCGUAUUUCCAGCAACCCUUUCCUGAACAGUGUCCCUCAGUGUUCACUGGAUCAAAACUAUAACCAAAAAUCUGUCGAUGUGCUUCUUUUCAACUCACCAUCAGAGGCUCAGUCUGUCCUCAGAUCAACUAUGCCUAAUCAUUGUAAUCCAAAUUCUUCUGCAGAGGGUUGGCAACUCUGCAGGGACAACCCCUUUUCUCGAAGCAAACGAUCAUACAGUCUUUCUGAACUUUCUGUUCUGCAAGCUCAGUCAGAUGGCCCUAAGAGUUUCUUCAGUGGCCUGAAAGCACCCGAGCCAGAGCAUUUUCAAAGCAGAGAGGACUUCCGGACAGCAUGGUUGAACCACCGCAAGCUUGCCAGGUCCUGUCAUGAUCUGGACUCAUUGGGUCAGAACCCUGGGUGGGGACAAACGCAACCUGUGGAAACUAAUAUUGUCUGUAGGUUGGACAGCUCAGGUGGUGCCGUUCAGCUGCCAGACACUAGCAUCAGCAUUCUUGUACCAGAGGGUCACGUUCUUGAAGGAGAAACACAACAGAUAUCAAUCAAAGCCUUGCUUGACCCACCACUUCAACUGAACAAUGACCGUUGCACGACUUCGAGCCCAGUAGUGGAAAUUAAACUCAGCAAUAUGGAAACGGUCACUCCAAUCUCAUUGGAAAUGAAAGUCUGUGUCGUUGUUAAAAUGGAGUGCAGGCUAACCACUGAGAUUUUGUGUCUGAGGAGUGAUUGUAAAGAGGGGCCUUAUACUCCAAUUCCCCAGCCCUACAUGUAUGGAGACACCAUUCAGGUUUCUCUGGAUAACUUGGAACCAUGCAUGUAUGUUUGCUUUGUUGCUCAGUCAAAGAUGUUAGCUCCAGGCGCCACUGUUUGGGAAAAUGUGGUUAAAAAGAUCACCUUGGGUGUCUAUGGUCCUAAACACAUUCAUCCUUCCUUUAAAACAGUUGUGGCCAUAUUUGGUCAUGAUUGUGCCCCAAAAACGCUUUUGGUUAAUGAAGUAGGCAAACAGGCCCAUUCAACACUUCCAGUUGUCCUGCAGCUGUGGGGAAAGCACCAGUUUUCCUUGACAAAACCACAGGACCUUCAAGUUAUGGUAUAUUCAAACAUGGCCAACUAUGAGGUGAAGACAAGCAAGCAAGCCUGUGUGGUGCAGGGCUUUCAGAUCAAACUUGGUAAAGUAAGCCGGCUGGUCUAUAUCAUAGCUUCACAAAACGCUGACGACAUUUCUGAUUUCACUUUAAGAAUCCAAGUCAAAGACAACAAGGAUGUUAUCCUAGCUCAGUUUUGUGUCCAAACACCACCACCUCCACCCAAAAAAGGCCCAAAGACAUCAAUGCACCGCCGCUUCCUCAAAAAAAAAGAAGUGGGAAAAAUAGUUUUGUCUCCACUCGCUGUGGCCACGAAAUACCCCGUCUUCCAAGACAAAAGAAUAAAUAACCUCAAAUUUGGAAAACUCAUCAAAACUGUCAUUCGGCAAAGCAAAAAUCAGUAUCUGCUUGAGUACAAAAAAGGUGAUUAUGUGGCUCUGUUGAGUGAGGAGAAGAUUAAACUGAAGGGACAGUUAUGGACAAAGGAAUGGUACAUUGGAUACUAUCAAGGAAAACUAGGAUUUGUCCAUUGCAAGAAUGUUCUUGUUGUGGGCAAAGUCAGCAGCUGUCAUGAGUUAUCCGGACCAGAACUCAUGACAUCGAUGCUCCUGGAACAGUCACUAAAGCCUUGCAAGUUCCUCACCUAUAUCUAUGCAUCAGUGAGAACAAUCCUAAUGGAGAACAUUGGCAACUGGCGAGCAUUUGCAGAUGCCCUUGGAUAUGAGAACAUGCCCCUUACUCACUUCUGCCGAGCUGAGUUGGACAGUGAGCCUGAGCGGGUGGCGUGUGUGCUGGAGAAGCUUAAGGAAGACUGCAACAAUUCGGAAAGCAAGGAGCGGAAAUCAUUCCAGAAAGAACUCCUGAUGGCUUUAUUGAAGAUGGACUGUCAGGGACUCGUAGCCAGACUAGUCAUGGACUUUGUCCUGCUGACCACAGCAGUGGAGGUGGCAGGGCGGUGGCGGGAGCUUGCUGAAAGACUUGUGAAGGUCUCCCGCCAGCAGAUGGAGGCGUACGAGGCACCGCAUCGCGACAAGAAUGGCAUUGUUGACAGUGAGGCCAUGUGGAAACCUGCCUAUGAUUUCCUGGUCACAUGGGCAGCACAGAUUGGAGACAGCUACAGGGAUGUCAUCCAGGAACUGCACCUGGGUCUAGAUAAGAUGAAGAACCCAAUAACUAAACACUGGAAGCAUCUGACUGGCACCCUCAUCCUGGUGAACUGCCUGGACACACUGCGGAGCUCUGCCUUCAGCCCCGGUUCACCAUACGACUGCGCAAUAUAAACACUGCAGCAGUAGUUUAAGGAGGGCUGAAGAAUGAGGCUCCAUUCGAAUGGAUGGUUGACACCUCUCUUGCUGUCACAAGACUUGCUAAUCCUGCAUCACCAUCUUCUUUCCAGACUGCAUCACAAUUUAGAAACUGUAAAUUCACAGUAUUAAAAAAAAAACUUUUUUUCACAGUGCUGCAUUUUUGUACCAAUGUUUUUGUACAGGGAUUUUGAAAGUAAUAUUUUAGUUGGGAUUUCUGAUCCACAAGUUAGACAUUUGCAACAUGAUCUGAGAUGAGAUGUUCUUAAGUGUGUUCAUUUUGUUCUGUCACCUUUUUUAUUCAAGAAUUUGUCUUGUCAUAAAAUUGAUUCAGUUGAAAGAACAUAAUAAAUAUGAUGAGUUUAUUUGGAAUGACAAAACUUUUUCUGUCACCUGUUUUUUUUUCAUUCUGGAAGCUGUCUGUCCAGAAAUUGAAAUAUGUAUGAUGUAAAACUUUAAAAUUACUGAAGACAUCGUGUCAGAUUGAA